AUAACAAAAUUCAAUUUAAGAGCCUUCUAACAAAAGAAAGAAGUUCUGUUUAACAGCCUCAAUCUCCUCUUGCAGUGUUAAACCCUAACAAAAUCUCAGUUACAAAUUCGCAAUUUCGUUGCUCCUCACAAAUAUCUCAAAGCUUCUACAAUGGAAAACGAAGGAAGCAGCAACAACAGCAAUGAAGUCCCGCCAUCUCAUCUUCUACAGUCUGUCUCCCUUUCACCUCAACCGCAGAUGAGUUUGAAGGAGAGGUUCGAUUUAAUAAGGAGCAUUGGUGAAGAGUGCAUACAAGAGGAUGAAUUGGAGAGAUUGUUGGCCAACAAGCCUCAGAUUAUCUGCUAUGAUGGAUUUGAACCAUCCGGAAGAAUGCAUAUUGCUCAGGGAGCUAUGAAGGCAAUUAAUGUCAACAAACUGACUUCUGCUGGAUGCCAAGUGAAGUUGUAGAUUGCUGAUAGGUUUGCACUGAUGAACAAGAAAAUGGGAGGUGACUUGAAUAAAAUUCAAGUGACAGGGAAAUACAUGAUUGAGAUUUGGAAAGCUUUAGGAAUGAACACUGAAGGAGAUCAGGUACAAUUUCUGUGGUCUUCUGAUGAGAUCAACUCCCGGGGUCACGAGUACUGGCCCCUCGUAGAAGACAUAGCCAUAAAAAACACGCUUUCUAGGAUUGUGAGGUGCGGUCAAAUUAUGGGCCGCUCAGAGCAAGAUGAAUUGUCAGCAGCCCAAAUAUUUUACCCAUGCAUGCAAUGUGCUGAUAUAUUCUUUCUUAAGGCUGACAUCUGCCAGAUGGGUAUGGACCAGCGGAAGGUCAAUAUGUUGGCUAGGGAGUACUGUGAUGCUAUCAAAAGAAAAAAUAAGCCUAUUAUACUGUCACAUCAUAUGCUCCCCGGUUUGCUGGAAGGACAGGAAAAGAUUUCAAAGAGUGAUCCAUCUUCUUCUAUCUUCAUGGAGGAUGAAGAGGCUGAUGUAAAAUUGAAGAUAAAGAAAGCCUUCUGCCCUCCAAAAGUGGUGGAAAAGAACCCAUGCUUAGAGUACAUCAAAUACAUUGUUAUCCCAUGGUUCAAUGAGUUCACAGUUGAACGGAAACCAGAGAAUGGGGGUGAUAAGACUUUCAAGAGUUUUGAAGAUUUAGUUGUCGACUACGAAAGUGGAGAACUGCAUUCUGGAGAUCUCAAACCUGCUCUUGCAAAAGCAGUAAACCAGCUACUUCAGCCGGUACGUGAUCAUUUCAAUAACGAUCCGAAGGCUAAGGAGCUUUUGAAAAGGGUGAAGGUAUGCGCAUUUGACUUCUUUCUCAACUUUGAACUGUAUGGAACUGAUGACAAGCAAAUGUGGAAUGUUAGCCUAAAAAAAUACUCAGUUCAAAUAAUUAGCUAAGUGAUUUUCAAGUAUGAAUAUCAUAUAUGAUUGUUUGAUGAAAAUUACUGUGGGCGAUGAACUAAGUAAUCGAAUUCAUUUGGGGUGAUAGACAAUCUAGCGUGUAAAACCAAAGAUUUUUAGAUGAUCAAGCUUGCACUUUUUAUGUAGUCUCAAGAAAUGAUACAUUUGUGUCUUGUUAGAGUAAGAAAUUAAAUAGGGAUUCUGGGAUCACAUUGUUAGAUAUCUGGGACACGAAGAGAGAAUAUAGGAUUCUCUUUUUCCAGAAUUUAUUACAUAUGUGGCUGAGGCCUGAGGGGUAUUAUAUGUGUCAACUCGUGGAACCUCGUUUUAUAUGUUAUGAACAUGGAUAAGACGUGAUGAAUGAAGAUAAUCUCACUCUAAAAACAAAUUCAGAAUCGGCCUCUCUGAGACCUUUCGAAUCUUAUAUACACUGAGAGGGUUAUAUUCAGACAAUAAUUUAAAAUAUCAUAGGUAUCUGAAAUAUAUAUAUUUGCAUCAUAAUUUCAACUCCAUUGCUCAUUUAACAUGAGUUCUACACGGCGUGCUUCUGUUGUUUUUCGUGUAUAUGCCCUGUUAAUUUUACCAUUCAUGUUUAUCCCUUUUGUAUAAUAUUUUGCAUACAAUGCAGAGUUACAAGGUAACCAGAUGAUGUAUAAUGAAAGCAAAACCACACAUUUACCAAUAGGGGAUUGCGAACUUUUGGUCUUGUAUCACAAUAGCAUGAUAUUAACCCCCCUUUUGUUUUUCUUUUUCUUUUUUUAUUUAUGGGGAUGACACUAAGUUUCGAAUUUUCCAUCAGUUAUACAUAUUUCUGAUCA